AUGUCAUCGACUGAUUCAAACACAUCGCCUACUAUUACAUUCCUUACAAGUAACAAGAAAAAACGUCUUCUGGUCAUCGAUGGCUUUACUUUUCAGCAAAACAAAUCGACUGGAAAGGUUACUUAUUGGAUAUGUCAAGAAAAGCUGUGCAGCAUGGGUGUUCAUCUUACCAAUAACGAUGUGUUUAUUAAAUUCACAAAAUCUAAUCAUACACAUAUGCCUGCACCAGAAAAGUUAGAAAUUCGGAAAAUGUUAUUGAACGUGAAAGGUCGUCUUAAACGUGAAACGACUACAGUCGGUAAGAUUUACACCGAAGAACUUUCUCGGACCAGUUUGACCGCUACUGCACUUGGUAUGGCAAAUACCACUAAACAAGCAUAUCAUGGUUUACAUCAAAUUCGUCGUCAGGAUACACCUAGUCUUCCAUCUUCGAUGGAUGGUGAUAUUCCAUUGUACUAUAAAAAGACGACUGACGGACAGCGUUAUCUGUUUGCUGACAAAGUUCAACGUAUUGAUGGGGAUAUCAGCAAACGAAUUAUAGUUUAUGCAAAUGACGAACAGCUCCGUACUCUUUUUACCUCAUUGCAUAUUAUGAUGGAUGGCACAUUCGACAGCUGUCCACCACAUUUUGAUCAAAUAUAUUCUAUUCACUGUCUUAAAAAUAAUCAAACAAUGAUCAAAACGGUAGCUGAUGAAUUUCCUAACGCACGACACGUCGGAUGUUAUUUCCAUUUUACAAAUUCGAUUAUCAAACGCAUUCAAUGCCUUAAUCUAACCACGAUGUAUCGUGAUGACGAGCAUGCACGAAAUACUGUGCGUCACCUGAUGAUGCUUCCUCUUAUCCCGGUCAAUCACAUACGAUAUAUCUUUGAUAAAAUUACCGAGACAGCACCUCAUGUGAUGAAACCCCUGAUUGAUUACUUCGAAGGUGAUUGGAUUCGAAAACUCGCAAGAGGCGAUGAAGACGCAUCGAUUCAUAUGAAAUGGUUGGGAUUUAUCUUAAAAAUAGAUGAUGAUCUACAGCCAUCUUGGAAGAAUAUACCGUUACUCUAUGAAGGCACGACAAACUUUCAAAUUUUAAGGCGUGCAUUUGAACCGCCCAAUCAAGAGCUACAAAAAUCAUGCCAAGAUUCAAUUCGUGACGGAUACCAAUAA